UGGGGUCAGUGUGGCUGUAGGGUGGAGAAUAUGGCGAUUCCCUCCGGUCUAGUGAUCAGGGGACAAGAGGGGCGAACAGUGCCUCUGACGAGUGUUGACGUAUCAGUGAGUAUUCAGGGUUUCCUGGCUAACGUUGACGCAUGUGUCCAGUAUCGCAAUGUCCACGACACCACAGUGGACGUGGCCUUUCUCUUCCCCAUGGACGACAACAGCGUGGUGUACAAACUUGUGGCCGACAUCGACGACAGACACUACGAAGCUGAGAUUCAAGAAAAACAACAGGUCACAGAAACCUACACAAAAGCUGAUGUUGCUGGUCGACCUCCUUUUAUGAGAGAGGAACAAGAAGCUUCAGGAGACAUCUUCAGAUGCAAGUUGGGUAAUCUACCACCAAAUUCCGACGCCAAACUCCAGUUUUCUUUCGUGACGGAACUGGCUCAGGAGAUUGAUGGGUCUCUCAAGUUUGUUCUCCCCACGGUCCUCAACCCCAGACAACGUCCCAGCACGGAAGAUGCAGAUGAAGAUGCGACUGUGCCUGAUGUGAGUGCAACCUGCUACAAUCUGACCUUCCACGGCACCGUGGUGUCUAAGCACGAGAUAGUCAGGGUGUGGUCCACUACAGACAGGCUGACCACGGUUGUGGACGGCGGAAUCGUCAAGACCGUGACGAUACGUCUCACUGAACCAUUCAGUCCAACACAUAACCUAUCGUUCAACAUUCUAUAUGGGGAAGACUACAACAUCCAGACUUCCCUGGAGAAAGGAGACAAAGGUGCAUCUUCAUCCCUCCUUCGGCGAGACAUACUGAUGAUGUCCUUGCACCCAAAUGUCAUCUCGGGGCCUCUGAACGCUGAGUUCAUCUUCAUCUUAGACCGAUCAGGCAGCAUGAGUGGCAAACCGAUACGAAGAACCCAAGACCUUCUGUUGUGCUUCCUGAAGAGUCUUCCGACAGACUGCUACUUCAAUGUCAUCAGCUUUGGAACCGGAUUUUCUCCCCUUUUCCCUCGGGGGAGCGAGCGUUACGGGCCAGCCUCCCUGAAAAAAGCCUUGGAGCUCCAGGAGGAUCUGAGGGCGGAUAUGGGAGGAAGUGAGUUUUUUAACCCGAUACAAUUCGUGUUGGAGAGAGGAGAAAUCCCCGGCUACUCACGACAGGUGUUCCUUCUGACGGACGGAGACGUCUCCAGGGUCGGUCACGUAGUGGCCCUGGUCAGGAGGAAAGCCAGAUCGUGCAGGGUCUUUACAGUGAGUGUCGGUGCUGCGUUGUCGACGUCGCUGGUGAGGAGAGUCGCCAAGGCCGGAGGUGGGCUGGUGGAGUUUGUGAGAGACGCUGAUAAUCUUCAUAAGAAGGUGAUGAAGCUGUUGAGGUACGCUUUGCAACCCAUCGUAACCGACCUUGACCUCACACUUGACCUUCCCGAGGGUCUGAAAGUGACAUGGAGACUGCCGAGAGAUUGCCCAGUGAUGUUCAAUGGAGGGAGAUACACAGUUUAUGCUAUUGUGGAUGGGGAGAUUGAUCGUCACACGCCAUCUAUCGGAACAGCCAGAGUCUCUGGCAGGAUUGGGGAGAAGGGGUUCACGCACACGUUGACGUUCGACGUCUCCAGGGACGCGGUCACCACGUCUGAAACAUACAUGCACAGGAUGGCCAUCAACGCUCUUAUCAAACACCUGGAAGUCAUCGACAAAGAGUUCGGCGGGGUGAAGAAGGAUGAGAUAGUAGCUGCCAGUAUGUCGGGUAAUGUAGUUUCAAAGUACACGUCAUUCGUUGGUGUGGACGUAUUGACCACCGAGGACCACCCCCAGCCCGCUACACGUCAGAUAACGCGUACGGACAUGAGUGCAACUGAAGCUGAUGUAGCAGAGACCACUGAUGAAGAUCCAACGUGUAUCAGCCAUGACGUGUUGAGUUGUUCAGAUUCGCCCACAGCGAGUGAGAUGGUGACACUGCAGGAGGAUGACGGCGCUUGGAUGCUGAGUGAGGCACUUUGUUGUCUCAUCAAUGUACAUCGGUACAGACUGAUAAAGAUAGCAGUGUGCACUGACUUAAAGGUAUGGGCGACUGGUUUGGCGAUUUGCUGGUUGACACUGGAAUGCCCAAAUGAACGUCUAGUGUGGGACUUGGGGGUAAACAAGGCCAAAGACUGGCUGGACAAGCAGCUUGGAGGACAGGGGGAGCUGGACAAGUUUCUCAGGGAUGUUCAGGACGCUGCGUUCACAGACGAAGACGACGAAAUCAAGCACAUUAUGUUGAAUGAGAGUGAGGACGAGGUUUCAUCAAUGUCCUGUACACCCGAGACGAGUUCACAAGGCAGUCCACUAUUCCCAGUGAAUACAUUUAGAGACUCCGCUGACAACGUGAUACACGGCAGUUUCAGUAACGAGGACGUCUCCCAUAGAGAAGUCGCAUACGUUCUACUGGUGUCUGUCCUCGUUGGAAUCGUGUCUUCCCAGAUUCAUCCUAGAGACUUGGGACAUUUUGGACCGAAUCCAGGUGAUGUCAUCGACGUUGUGCCUGAUCACUCCGCUGUAGGUGGAAAUGGCGACUUUAUUAAAGACCCUGUCGAUGUCCAUGGUGGUGACGGUAUCCACAUUGUCCACGAUCCACAGUCAAACAGCGUUGUAAAAGAUGUUGUUCCCGAUCCCGGCAAUAGUGGUGUGGUAGAUGUUGUCACAGGUUUAUCAUCUGAUGUGGUAGACGUUGUUCGCGACGUUGUACCUGAAUCCGGAUCUGAUGCUAUCGUUCACGACGUCAUCCAUAACAUCAUACCUAAAUCAUUUUCCGAAAACGUUGUUCAUGACGUCGUCCCAAGCUCAAACAUUAUCGUCCAUGACGUUUUACCAGCCUCCACAUUUCCCAAAGCUCCUCCAGCUUCUGGUAUUGUCAAGGACAUUAUACCUAGCGCAGCUUCCCUUAAACCCGACUUCCCUGCUAUGCCACAUCCAGAUUUUCCCGAGCCGUUCUCCGCUUCAUCCAGCGCCCUGACAACGUCUCCUAGUCUAAAGACCGCUGUUGUUUCAGCCCCUGUUGUCAACGCUGCUAUCCUCAAGUGCGGCCUCCAGCCAGAGCCUUAUGUUCUGUAUCAGUUCUCUCACUUGUCUUACAGCUACCCAAAACAUGAUAUCAUCUUCGAACUUGAGCAACGACCAAAGAUCAGAGCCGCCAUAUUUGAUUUAGGAACUGGUGGUCGAUUCAGGGGUAAAUACAACCUCCAGCCACACAUGGCCAUACAUGGACAAAGAUUUAAACGUCAAGCAGCCUACUCUGAUGGCUGCCAAGGACAGUCCCUGACCUUGAGACGCUUCUACUCCUACAACAACUACUGCUGGGUCAUCAACCCCGUGUACCAAGACGUCAGCUUCUACAACUGCGGACAUGGGUGUUCGGCCAAAGCAAGCUAUGGUACAAUUAGCCGUUGUGAGGCCAGCUACAGACAGACAGGGGUGUGGGCGUACUGUGCUGGGUUGGCCUACGGUGAAAGGAUCACCAAGCUACACAGCUACUUCUCUCCCCACUAUCUGUGGGUCCUCAGCAAGUACGACCCAAAACACAGAAGUGAAUACUACCGCUUGCUUCGCCUGAUUGCCACACCCAUAGUUGCAAGCUGGUGUCCUCACUGUGACUCUGGACAACCUGGCCCUACAUCUGUUCUCUUGAGCAGAGAGAUCAUGUGGAAGUCCGUACUUGGCGUCUUUAGACCUGACACAUAUGUGACACUGGACACUAUGGACCCUGAGAGUCAAACUCUAGCUCUCCUUGGUGGACAUGAACUUCACUUUGACAACAAGUCACUUGCGAUCAAGGUUGGACAUUUUGGACAUCAUCAGACAUAA